AUGUCUGCUUCUGCUAUGCACUCAUCGGUAUCAUUAGUGGAUUAUUACAAUACAAAAGUAAACGUGGACAAGAUCAAUCCACUUAUUAGGUCAGCUUACAAUACACCAGAUUUUGAGGCAUACAAGAAUAAUCUCAUCUCAAAUUUGGACGUAAAACCAAAUGAAGAUACAUUUUUAAAGACAUUAGAACAAACUAGAAAAGAACAACGUCAACAACUAGCCAAAACUGAACAUGAGUAUUAUCAACUUCGAGAUCAUGAUGAUCAUGAGCGACCAUACUCUAAUCACUAUUUGCAAGAACAGCAUCAAACAGCUCAACCAUACGUCAUUCCCUAUUAUGAAGAAACAUCAUCGACAACAACAGCAGCAAACAAUAUUCUUAGAGCAAAACCACCAUUACCCGAUCGAUCUCGAAAUAAUAUUUUAUCACCAAAACAAAGUAGACGAUCUCCAUCACCGGUUUUUACCACCGAAGAUCAAAGUAAUCCUAUCGUUGGUUUUAAUCAACAUCGAUCGCAUAUCAUCUUGAGACACGACGAUGAUCAAUCUUAUUGUCCACAUCGGACAAAAAGUCCAGUUAAUUAUUUAGCUACAAAUUCAAAUAAUCUAAAAAAGCAAAUACAUACAAUGUGGGACGAAUUUGAAUUAGAUGAUUAUCUAGACGAUAUUGAUAAUGAAAAACGACGUUCUCGUCCACCAAGUGCGCCCGCUUCUUCGUCUUGGGCUGGCCGUGUAACUGUGCCUGAACCAUUUAACAUUACGAAUAGUAUGACCAUUGAUAAUGUUCAUCGACGAAAAUGUAUGCAUGAAAUUGAAGCAGAUAAAAUACAAAAAGAAGUUGAUGAUGAAAUUAUUUUGAGUCGAUCAUUUAAAGCAAAUCCGGUACCAUCACACGUCGGUUUACCAUUAUACGAACAAUUAAAAGAAGAACAACGUCUUCGUCGAGAAAAUGUUCGAUAUAUGACAAAAGAAUAUUUAAAUUCAAUAUCAAAACCAUUUGCAUUUGAAUCAAGAGAAAAAACAAAAUCAUUACUGCGACGACAUUCAUUUUCAGGUGAUACACGAGUCACUAAAGAACAAUCAAAUUUUAAGGCAAAACCAUUACCAGAUUUUUAUUAUAAAACAAGCAAAGAUUUAGAACAAAUGAAAGAGCAAAAUUUAUAUCGUCAUAUUAAAAAACAGAUGCGUGCUAAAGAAUUAUUACGUCAAUCAAAAUUACCGAAUAAUAUGCACGAACGUCAACAAAAAUAUAAACAUCAACGUUCAUCAAGUGCAAAUGAUUUAUCACGUAAAUUCAAUCAAUUGGGUCGUGAAGAAUAUACAUUUAAACCGAAAACAAAUGGUUAUUAUAUACCGGACUACGAUAAAAUUCAUAGACAAUUCAUAUCUGACAUGGAAUCAUCGAAACAAAUGCGUUCACCAACAAAAUGUAAGCCAUUUUUAUUGUAUACAAAUUUAAUACCAUCAAAAAAAGAAAAAAUCCUUAAUGAUAUAAAAAAAGAUGAACAAUUUCGUCGUUCACAAACUUUUCAAAUAAAAGGUAAACAAAUUAGACGUGCAUCAACAGCAAAUAAUCCUGAUAGAAAUACUACAAUAAAAAGUCAAACAUAUGGUCUUAAUGAUGGUGGACUGUAUUCUUCUGUUAAUAUGAGUGUAAAUAAAUCGAUAUCAUUACAACAAGAUUCAAUACCAACAAAAAUGACAGAAUCACAACGUUUAAGAGAAUCGGUUAAUCGAAAAAAACGUUAUGAUGAUGAAGCAAAAGAAUUAUUUGAACAAUCAUUUCAACAAACACGUUCAGCAAAAGAAAGACGUUUAAGAGAAAAAAUACGUGAAAAAGCAAAAUUAUAUGAUCGUUCAUUAAUUCAUAAAACACAAAAUGAACAAAAAAUGCGUAAAUUACGUCAAUCGAUGCGUCAAAGUAGCUCUAAUUAUGCUGAACAAUUAGAUAAAAUUCAAGAACGUAUUGAACGACGACCACUUCUUCUUGAACAACAAGCACAAGCAAAAGCACUCAGAGAAGUUGAAAAGAAGAUUCAACAUGCAAUGAAAGUUGCUGGUAUAACUGAAAAAGAUUUAAUGAGACAAAGUAUUAAUCCACCAAAUGUUAAAGUAACAGAUGGUAGUAGAACAAGAAUUGAUUAUUCGUAA